UAUAGUCAAUGCUACACUGAGGACGUGUCUGCAGACACUGUUCAACGGCUGUGUGGGCAACAGCCACACAUCAACCAUUGUGUGGCAGUGGAUGUUCCCUACGGCUAUUCAGCGCAUUAUGGAUCAUGCACAACGACAACAACAACAACACACUCUUUCAUCCACAUCUACAUUACCCACAUCAUCUGCAACAACCACAGCCCCUACGCCUGCCCCACCUGCAACCGACCCGACAGCCACCGCUGCGUCACCCGCAACGCCCACCAGUGCAGCACACACUGCCAUGGCGAGUGAGGCGCAUGGGCUGCUGUGUCUGGUUGAGAGUCUAGUGCACGUGUGUGCCGUGUCACACGAGAGUGUGUACGACGACCUGUUAGGUGUGCAGGGGCAGUGGCUGUGGUGGGCAAUGGUUGCACACUGGGCCACCGUUCUCUUCAGCGACGACGAUGACGACAGCACUACUGAACCGUUGACUUGUGAUUGGAUGGCGUUGUUGACAGCUCACGCCAUAGACGGUGACCGAUUCCCCGCAGCGUACGAAGCACUGUCACACACACAGAGAGAUAUACACACAGACACGCACACAGACACACACAGAGAGAGAGACACACAGGACAUCACACACCCCACGGCAACGGAUGAGAGGGCAGCAGACGGCCAUACAGCCCACACAAUACGCACCAACCACCUCGUUCCCACCGUCCUGCCCUGGUUUUUGGUCCAAACGGUGGAAGAUGCUUCGCGAGUGGUCAUCAGCACUACAGCCGCCACAACACCCACAGCAACCGAUGCCAACGACAACAGAGUCAUACGACUCACACUACACACAGUCACUUACGUGGCACAGCAGGCGGUGAACUGUAUCCAGGCAGUGCUUGCAGAGGGAGAGUCUUUCUGGAGUGAUUUGGAAGCGAAGAAACCAUCGGCUGUGAUGGCACUCACUCGGCUCAAUGCAUUACUGGCGGCCAUGUGCGCAAUCACCGCCGCAGUGCACACCUACGGCAACCUCAUCCGGUUGCUAGGCAACGUGGCCAGCAGAAAUUCUCACGCACAAGACCAGCUGCGCGAAUCAGAAGGGCUGGUUCUAUUUUUAAAUCACUGCCAGUUGGACGACAGGAAUCCUUACAUCAAAGAAUGGGCCGUACUAGCCCUGCGCAAUGCUCUCGAGGGCAACAAACGCAACCAGCAACUGGUGGCAGGUAUGGAGAAGAACAAGGUAGUGGUUGACCCUGACUUGGGCAUGGAGGUUAACAUCGACCCGUCUACAGGCAAACUGAAGAUCAAGCGCGACGGCGAAGGCUCCAAACAACAGACCCACACCUCAGGUGCGUCAAAGGGACCCAACCAUCUGCCCACUGCGACAGGCCGCCCACAACAGCACACAGACGACACCACAACAGACACAGUAGACACACGCAGCACAACAGCACACGCAGUGACACACAGCCACGCACAGUGGAGUGCACAGAUGAACCCCAACGCACUCGCACAGGACGACCAUGGCGAUGAUGUGUGGCAGCCGCAGUCCGCAGACAGCGACGCCGACACUCACUCAACCGAUGGUGCAGAGAGCUGUGCUGACACGCACAUGGGUGUUGUGCUGCAGUCAGCGAAGUACAUCAGCGACAACAGCACACACGUACACGUAUUACCACACGGCAUUGCCAAGGCAGCCCACACCAUCGCCACACGCUCACAGACUAUCAACUACUCAACCGCCGCCUGGAAGCAACAUGAGCUGCAUCCAGAUGUGGCCGAUGAUAAUGCGCUCAAUUGGAUCUUUGUGAUUGAUACGCUCAACUUCUCCUUCUGGUCCGCUACAGACACGCUGUACACCGUCAUCUAUCGCAACAAGCCAUACACUGGUUAUUGGGCCUUGUGCGCGGCCAUCAACCGAGCACUGGACGAGGGCAUUCCCAUCACUACGCCAUCGUACUACGCACACAGUACCGAACAACAAGUGGCGCACGUGUUCCGCUCAGACUCAACCGAACCACCGCCACUGCUGCACUACCGCCACGAACACCUCACGCAAUGCGGGCAGGUGCUGCUAAAGGACUACAAGGGCAAGGUGUCUGAGUUGAUAGCGAGCUGUAACGGAUCUGCCGAAACACUCAUGAAUACCAUGGUCACCAAGUUCCCCUGCUACAACGACAUCAGCACAUACAGGGAGCGAGAGUGCGCUUUCUACAAACGUGCGCAGAUCUUCGUAGCUGAUGUGUGGGCGUGUUUUGAGCAGACGGGCUAUGGCCACUUCUCUGACAUCGAGUGCAUUACUAUGUUCGCCGACUACCGUGUGCCUCAGGUGCUGGUGUAUCUAGGACUGAUGGAGUAUACAGAGGAGCUGACCGCAGACAUGAAGAGUGGGUCGCUAUGGCAAACGGGAGAUCCCCGAGAAGCCGAAGUCCGGGGAUGUUCCAUUUGGGCGGUUGAAUUGGUGAAGCGAGAGAUGCGUCGACAGGGGUGUGCGAGUGAACUCAAUUCGAUCCUACUUGACUUCUAUCUGUGGGACUAUGCCAAACAGUACAGUCACGACAUGGCGCACGUGCCUAUUCAUCUGGUGCGCACUCGCUUCUAUUGA